AUGGGCCGUGAUCCUGUGAAACAAUCCGUGGUCGCGGGAGAUGCACUCAUCAGCACAGAUGGCUCUUCUUCCUUCACGGCAUCUCUGCGUCCUUUGGAUCUCCCUCCUCCUACCACUCCUUGUGUGGCCAUCAAUCGUAUGUCAGCAAUUCGACAGGUGGAGCCUGCGGCAGGUCUCAGUCCGGCGUCAAGGCGACAUGGUUCAAUAGCGUCUUCUUCUUCCACCCGACCAGCACUACACCAUCAAUUGCAGAAUCGAGUCGACAUGAGUAUUGGGGAUAUACAUGUCGCAUUGCAGAUUGUGAGGACUCAAGAAGGUAGACUGGCAGAGGGAAUGUCGUCGUCAAGUGCAAUCUCGGUUCCGGCUUGUGGAUUCGUGCUAAAGUUCGGCAAUGUCCCAACCUCCUUAAAGUCCUCGAUGACUGAAAAGCCCCAAUUCGAAGUGUCGACAAUAAUAACUUGUCCUGAACAUGUCAUGAACAUCGGAGAAGUGUCUCCAAAGAGGUUGAUUCUGCCUUUUACUUGCAAUCUCGAAGCUAAUUCCUGCAAGAGCCUCCUGAUUCCUUGGCAAGUCGCGUCCAAGAAUCCACUCCCAUCAGCAAGCCAUCAAACAACUUACGAUAUGGACGGCACAACUCCCAUCGUUCUAGGUGCCCUCGUGCUGGUCAUCUUCCUCAUCGGAGUUGCGUCUCUCAUUAAUAUUGGACGAAAGAAAGAAGGAGCAGCUGCCAUGGUCUAG